AUGCCAUCAAAAAUAGAUGUUCUGACAAGGUUGGAUAUGCAUUUUUCUAUUAAACAGAUGAAGGACUUUUUGGAGAUGAACAAGAGCUCCGUAAUGAAAUUUGUCUUCACAGGACUCACAGAGAAAACUGAAUUCAACAUUCUGCUAUUUAUUGUAUUUCUGCACGUUUAUUUCACAACUGUGGCCGGCAAUGUUGGCAUAAUGGUUUUAAGCAUAAUAGACAAACAUCUACACAAGCCCAUGUAUUUGUUUCUGUGCAAUCUCUCUUUUGUGGACCUCGUGUAUUCUUCAGCAAUCACUCCUAAAAUGCUGAGGGACUUUUUAAGUGAAACCAAGACCAUCUCUUUUUUUGGCUGUGCCGUUCAAAUGCAUGUCUUUGUGUUCUCUGCAACCAACGAGCUUCUUCUUCUGGGAAUCAUGGCCUAUGAUCGCUAUGUGGCCAUCUGUAGUCCAUUGUUGUACGAAGCUUUGAUGAGCAGUAAUGUGUGUCUUUGGAUGUUGGUUGCUGCUUAUUGUGGAGGGUUUUCAAAUUCUCUUGUGCAAACAGUUUCCACAUUCUAUAUCAGCUUCUGCAGAUCCAACGUUAUCGAUCAUUUCUUCUGUGACCUUCCACCACUCCUCAGGCUAUCCUGUUCUGAUAUAUCCAUGAACUUAGCAUUUCAGAUGAUUUUAGGUGGUCUGAUCUCCAUGUGCAGCAUCAUACUCAUCCUUUUCUCAUAUACCAACAUUGUUCUGGCCAUUUUGAAGAUACGGUCAGCCCAGGGUAAAUACAAGGCCUUUAAAACAUGUGCUUCUCAUUUGACUGUUGUCAGUGUCUUUUAUGGGACAAUCUUUUUUAUGUAUCUUCGUCCGAAUUCUAGCUAUGCCCCCCAGAAAGACCGCAUAGCUUCGGUCUUCUAUACUAUUCUAAUACCUAUGUUAAAUCCCCUGAUAUAUAGCUUUAGGAAUACUGAAGUUAAAAAUGCUUUAAAGAGUUCCGUUAAAUGCUGUAUUUUAAAAGUGUAG